AUGGCGGAACGAUGGCGUCCCGAAACCCAUACGUUCCACCUUCCGGAGGGGGAAAUGACGAUCACCCUCAAAGACGUGGCGAUCCUCACCGGGAUGCCUAUUUCUGGGGAUGCCGUCAUUGGUCCCCAGACCAAACCCGAAGGAGGUUGGGGGCCGCUCAUACGUGAUCGUUUGGGCUUUGACAUGCCGACCACCACUCCAAUUCAAGGACGGGGGCAUCCACCGUUGAAUGCGGGCCAAGUGUCGGUCCCGAGGCUGGUGUCUCACAUCCAGCAAGAGGUUGUGAUCAAUGACGAGACACCGGAAGAACAAGUCGAGCGCUACGCCCGCAUCUACCUCAUCGGUUUGGUGGGUGGAUAUUUGUUCCCCGACAAGUCCAACCGGUGGAUUCAAGGCAUAUGGUUGGAGUUGCUCACGGGUGAUUGGGAUGCAAUCGGGCAAAAGAGUUGGAGAUCGGCCGUGCUAGCGGGCUUAUACCGGGAGCUGUGUACUUGCUCGAAGGUUGGGGCAAAAGCAAGCUGGUGA